AUGUACCCAAACUCCAUCCUCGACGAAACCCAAUUCCUAGAAUAUAAUCCCUUGGAAGGGUAUGAUUAUGAACAGGUGGACAAUCAGUUUCCGGCGCCGGAAAUAGAGAACCAGGCAGUCGACGAAGAACUCCUUCCGUUGGAAGACGUAAGCAACACCAUCAAUCAGUUCGAUGCGCGGCGAUUGUCAGUCCAGGUUCAAGAUUUGGAUAACCAUGAUCAGGCACCGUUCUUGAAACUGGAAUUCGACCAAUUAACGAAGGGAGUUUCAAAUUCAAAGUUAAAGUCAAAAUCAGCGUACCCAGAUCUGAAUUCUCCGGCGUCCCUACAGCUCCUGAGUUGUUCCCGGAGCAAAUUUAAGCGUUUACCGGACGAAACUGUACCGGAUUGUGCCGGGAAACUGUCGACGGUGGAAAUCAUCGAACUCGCAGCGGAGAAGUUUAUAAAGUUUUCAACUCAACAGGUCAAUGGGUACACCAUGUUCACUCAUCCGUACGGGUCGUCGGCGUUCACGAGCUUAUCGAUAGACGAGACCAGAGAGGUGGAGCUUGUUUUCCAGCUUUUGACUGCCGCCGAGAAUAAAAGAAUCGGAAAAGAAAUUGGUAUACCCUUUGCUACGAAACUAGAAAAACAGUGUCUAAAGAAUGAAAAUCCUAUGGCAAUAGGAACCAAUAUGACAUUCUUGGCCCUUUAUCAAGCCCUUCCGUUCAAUCAAGUGUUGCAUUUCACAGGCAUACAAUCAAAUCAUCGAUCAAGUUGGGACAUCAAAGCAAGUGCAUUUGAUCGACAUCCACAUUAGGAGCGGUGUACAAUGGACAUCUAUGAUGCAAGCAUUAGCAAACCAAAGUUCACAAAUUGAGCUUUUGAAACUUACUGCCUUUGCAACAUGUAACGCCCGUGUUUCGAGGCUAGGCAUUAAUACUGACAUAAUGGUCUAGGUUAACCUUUGUAACUCAUUUUGAAGAAAUGAAAGGGAAU